GGAGCCUCCUGCAGUUUGCAGGCGUACAGACAGCCAGAGGAAUACCACGGCUGUGCCUCUGCUCUGCCUUGGACUGUGGUGUGGGCUAUAGCGCUGCAGGACGCGGCGUCCCCACUGUCUCAACGUUGAGCCUGUGCGGCAGCGGCAGAAUUCACUCUGCUACCGCCUUGCCUGCUGCACUUCGCCGCUCCCAGAGAGAGAAACCCGUCUGUACUCCACUUUCAAGUCGCUAAAGGGGCCCGUGGAUUGGAACUAAUUAUUGCGCCUAUUGGAUCAAUUUGAGUGGACUUACUGUUAGGUCGUUGUUUUUCAUGGUUGAAUACAGUAGGCUAUAUGGAUACCCAAUCUGCGUGAUAUUGGUUCAUGAUUGAGAAGCGCGGAGGGGCGUGGAAUUAAUUGAAAUCUAUUUGUUCUUCUUGGAUGUAAAACAACCGAGAUUUAUUUCUCCCCACUCCUCCCUUCCCAUCUCCUCACCUUCAACAUGACUUCUCUGUCUGGGACCAAAGAGAGGUCUGUGACCAGCAGGAGCAGAAAAUACGGGAUUACCGACACCUCCCCGACAAAAUCAACCUCCUUCUCCCCGGAGACAUGGUACAGAAAGGCCUAUGAAGAGUCCCGGACCGGCAGCCGACCAGCUCCAGAGGGAGCCGGAUCUAUGCCCAGCUCCACAGGCACCCCCUCCCCAGGAUCUGGCACCUCGUCCCCGGGAUCCUUCUCCGGUUCCCCCGGGACCAUAUCUCCAGGGAUCGGGACCGGUUCCCCUGGGUCUCUAGGUGGCUCGCCAGGUUUCGGUACAGGUUCGCCUGGCUCUGGCAGCGGGAGCUCCCCUGGUUCUGAGAGAGAGAGGGGGAUAUGGUGUGAGCACUGCAAUGCCCGGCUGGCGGAGCUGAAGAGACAGGCGCUGAAGCUACUGAUUCCCGGCCCCUACUCCAGCAAGGAUCCGUCCUUCUCCCUGCUCCUCCACGAUAAGCUUCAGGUGCCCAACAGCUCGGGGCGGGCCUGGAAUGAGCGUGACAGUCGCUGUGACGUAUGUUCCACCCACCUGACCCAGCUGAAACAGGAAGCAGUCCACAUGGUGCUGACCAUGGACCAAUGGGACCUGUCCCCCAGCUCGCCCCCCACCCUGCCCAGCCACAGUGGCCCUCCACAGGGCCCCACAGCCCCAUGGGACUGGGCCUACCUCCCAUCAGCCGCAGCAGCCUACCCCCAUCCCCGUCCAAACCCACACCACCCUACCAUGCCUCCAACGUCCUCUACUGCGUCCUUCUCCAGCCUCAGCCAUGCUGCGUCCAACCCCAGCCCAGGUGCAACUUCUGUGGGUCAAACAUCCACCCAUGCAGCCUCUUCUGUGCCGGCCCCGGCGUCCACAUCGCCGGCUCCAUCCCCGGUGCACCAGGGAGGGCAACCCCGCCAAGGUUCCAAGCCCAGUUCCCUAGGAGUGGGCCUUGGGGUGGAGAGGAGGAACGUCCCGGCACACUCCAGUAAGGCCACCGGUGUCCCGUCGGCCCAGCCGCCCAACAGCCCCAGUAGUAACGGGAACAAUGCUGGGAGCGGAGCAGUGCUGAGUACAGCAGCACUGCAGGCUCACCAGUACAUGUCUCGCACCAACGGAGGAGGAGUCACACUCUACCCCUACCAGAUCUCCCAGAUGAUAUCUGAUGGGUGUCGAGAGGGUGUGACGGAGGCAGUUCUGAACCGCUACAACGCUGAUCGCCCCUCGUCCUCGCAGGCCCCUCCCACUAUGCAGGUUACCACGGCAGCACCAACCACCACCUCUGCUGCCGCGUCCUUCUUCGCCAGAGCUGCUCAGAAGUUGAACCUAUCAUCGAAGAAGAAGAAGCAGCGCCCAGAGCCCCCCCAGUGGUGUGUGCCCCCUCUGUUCCCCACCAACUUCAGUGGGACCCUGCAGACCGGCCCUCCCCCCCCACCUUGCCUGUUACGGGCUGCCAGCAAGAUCAAAGACACCCCCGGACUGGGCAAGGUGAAGGUGAUGGUGCGUGUGUGUCCUGUGAUGUCCUCGGACGCAGCAGAGUCCAGCUCUUUCCUCAAGGUGGACACCAGGAAGAAGCAGGUGACCAUUAUGGAUCCAUCAGCCAACCAGAUGCAAGGAAACACCCUCCAGAAACGAGGAGUCAAUCAGGCCCCACCUAAGAUGUUUGCCUUCGACGCAGCCUUCCCCCAUGAUGCAUCACAGGCGGAGGUGUGUGCUGGUACUGUAGCUGAGGUCAUUCAGUCGGUGGUGAACGGAGCAGAUGGCUGUGUCUUCUGCUUCGGACACUCUAAACUGGGUAAAUCCUACACCAUGAUAGGUGGUGACGAGUCCAUGCAGACCCUGGGGAUCAUCCCCUGUGCCAUCUCCUGGCUCUUCAAGCUCAUCAACGAGAGAAAGGAGAAGACGGGAGCACGCUUCUCUGUCCGAGUCUCAGCCGUAGAGGUUUGGGGUAAAGAGGAGAACUUGAAGGACUUGCUGUCUGAAGUGGCGACAGGCAGUUUGCAGGACAGCCAGUCCCCUGGAGUUUACCUCUGCGAGGACCCCAUCUGUGGCAUGCAGCUCCAGAACCAGAGUGAGCUGCGAGCCCCCACGCCAGAGAAAGCAGCCUUCUUCCUGGAUGCAGCCAUAGCAGCUCGGUACAGCAGCAGAGCUGACUCCGACCCGGAGGAGCAUCUCAACUCACACAUGCUGUUCACACUGCACAUCUACCAGUACCGCAUGGAGAAGACUGGCAAGGGAGGGAUGUCGGGAGGUCGCAGUAGACUCCACCUGAUAGACCUGGGCAGCUGUGUGAAGGUGCUGGGAGGAGAGAAGGGCAGGGAGAGCAGUGGUAGUACAGCAGCAGGGCUGUGUCUGUCUCUGUCUGCCCUGGGGAACGUUAUCCUGGCUCUGGUCAACGGCAGCAAACAUAUCCCCUACAAGGACAGUAAGCUGACCAUGCUACUGAGAGAGUCACUGGGCAACAUGAACUGUCGGACCACCAUGAUCGCCCACAUCUCCUCGUCGCCUAGCAACUUCUCUGACACGCUCUCCACCCUCCAGAUCGCCUCGCGCCUCCUCCGUAUGAAGAAGAAGAAGACCAAAGUCAGUAUGCAAUACACGUCCAGUUCGUCAGGGGGUGAGAGUUCGUGUGAGGAGGGUCGUAUGCGUCGCCCCACCCACCUGAGACCAUUCCACUCCCGUAGCUCUGCAGACUCCAACCUUCCCCUGCUGCACCUCUCCAGCGACCCAGAUGACUACUCCAGUAGCGAGCAGUCCUGCGACACCGUCAUCUACGUGGGCCCCAAUGGGGGUGCUAUCUCGGACCGUGAGCUGACCGACAACGAGGGUCCGCCAGAGUUUGUCCCCAUCAUUCCUGCUCUGCUGAAGAGCAAAGCCGAGUCUGGCGUCCUGCCGACUACACCAACUCUACAACAGCAACAGCAACAGACAGUACUCUCCCAGCCCCAGCCCCAGCCCCAGCCUGCCCCUACACAGACACACACCCAGCCCUCUGCCCUGCCGACACAGUCCCUCACCUCCCUAACCCAGCCCCCACUCCCUCUCCUCCAACCCCUGGGCCAACCCCUGCCCCCUGUGCCAGAGGAAGGAGCGGAGUGUCUCAAGUGCAACACCUUCGCCGAGCUGCAGGAGCGGCUGGAGUGUAUCGACGGGAGCGAAGAGGUGGCCAGGUUCCCCUUUGAGGAGGUGCCGGUUAGUAGGGGGGCCAAGUCUGACACCCUGGUCCCCACUGGGUCUGAGACGGAGCCUACGGGAGGGGCGGGAGUGGAGGUAGAGACCUCCAGGAGGAUGUCCAAUGACAAGCAGCUCCAGGAGAUCAGGGAGGUGGUGGAAGAGGCAGAACUGGCCCAGACCAUGAUAGAGAGUCUGAGCCUGACCGGCAACAGCAGUGUGACGGGCAGCAGUGGAGCUGGACACACUAACCCUCUACAGAGGGCCAAGAGCGCCAGCCUCCAUGACAGUCGUGAGUCUCUGAGCGCAGGCAGUAGCAGUGAUGGUAAGCCCCGCCCCCUGGGUUCUCCUCGGCUGGGCAUCGCCUCUCUUACCAAGACCUCUGACUACAGACCUCCUUCCUCACCCUCACAGCGCUGCAAGGUCUACACCCAGAAGGGUGUGAUGCCGGGAACGCCCCCUCUGUCCUGCCAGAGUCUGUCUACUGCAGACAGCCUGGCUGCAGAUAGUGGGAGGUCCUCUACAGAUUCCCUGCUGCAGCUGGAGUCCCUGUCCAGGACCUCCCCCAUGAGAAUCAGUCCCCAGGUGCUAAAGCGCACCGACUCCUUGUCUGCCAGCCUGGGGUCGGCUGAGACCCUGUGUGACGAUAAUGUUCCUCAGAUACCUCUGGAUGUACGCAGGGACACCCCAGUUCCUGCUCUAGCCCCCUGCCCCUCCUCUACCCCAGCCCCAGCAGACCCUCGCUCUCUGGGGGAAGAUGAGCUGGUAUUCACCCUGGGGUGUCAGGAGGGGCUGGAUGUCCGGGGCCUGCUGGACAGUGGCGGUCGUCCCACUAGCAUCAUUAGCUUCACCAGCGACUGUUCCGUCACCGCCCUGGCCUCGGGAUCCCGCCCUGUCUCCAUCAUCAGCAGCAUCAGCGAUGACCUGGAGUGCUACGGAAACAACACUACUGUCAUUGCUACGACCACCGGAAUGGUCACAAUGACAAGCGCCUCAGUUGCCGGGGUGAUCGCCAUGGCGGAAGUCAGCAUGGCGAAGCUUCGCAUGGAAGGAGAGGCGAUGGCGGCGCUGCCUAGCUGCCGGUCGUCCAUCUCAUCAUGGCUGAGUGAGCUGAGUGCUGGGAGUGACGGGGAUCAGUCCCUGCACAGUUUCGGCCAGUCCUAUGGACAUGGGGAGGCUCUGGCCGAGCUAGACCCCCCACAGGUGCCUCUCUCUGGGGCAGAGGAGCAAGAUGAGGUGUCCCUGAGUUCUAGAGGACGGAAGACUCCUGACAGCAACGUAGUGUUGUGUGGAGAUGAGAAAGGAACGGAGAAGGAGAAGAGCACCCUGACUAAAGAGAGGCUGAAGAGACUGUCUCCCUCCAUGGGUAAGACCAACAUUACAGUAUCCAACAUCCAGACCCUGGGGGCCUCCAGCAACUUCAUCCCCUUCAAGACCAACAUCACAGUCCACCCCUGUGUGGCCGUCAAACCCAUGGUUAUACAGGAGCCCACUAUACUGUCCUCCCCUACCAAGACUCACCUGUUGUCCAAGGACCCAGCCAAGCCUGCCCAAGCCCUGGUCCUGGCCUCCAUGUCCAGCGAUCUCAGCUUCGACGACCCCUGGAUGAAGAGAGAUGGAGGCGAUGUGAGGUCUAAGGAGCUGGUGUGUGAGGUGAAGCCGGAGAAGAGGGUGGUGGAGCCACCAGUCAAGAAAGACCCAGCUAAGACCCAGGCCUGGCCCCAGGGUGACAGGGCCAGCAGGGUGGACAGUGGCUACGGAGGGGACCGUUGCAGCUCCAGCAGCGGUGAGACCGUCUCCUCUCCAGACUCCUGUAAGAGGGUGGUGGACGGCUGUGAGAUGGUGCUGGUUAGCUCUGGGGAGUGUCUGAUGACUCCCGUCUACUCUGCCGACAUCCUGCGCACCGCCAGUCUGCCCCGCGGCUGGCACCGGAUCAACCGCCACGACGGCCUAGACGAGGACUCACUCCGCUACGGCGCUAAUGGAGGAGGGGCAGGGGGGGAGUCUCGGGGCCUAGGGAUCACCACCUCCACCCCCUGUAGUCCGAGGGCAACACUGGACCGACGGGGGUCGUCCGGGAGACAAGGCCUGUUCUCCCGCCAGAAAGGGAUCCCACCGCUGCCACCAGUACGCAAGUCCAGUCUGGACCAGAAGAACCGGUCAGGAGGCCCCCUCAGCCCCCUGCAUGCACCCAUCCAUGGCCUCUCCUUCCUGGGGAGCACCCCGGAGGACCUAGAUAGGCUUGGUGGAGGGAAACAGAAGGGGUCUAAUGUGGAGAGCAGUAGGUUGUUCAGUGCUAAACUAGAGCAACUGGCUAACAGAACCAACUCUCUGGGGCGGUCCCAUGGAGGUCACAGCUCUCUUGGCCCCCACUAUGACUGCCUCUCCCUGGAGAGGGGGGAGAGCCUCAGCUCUCUGGUCUGGAAGGGGGCAGCCGGAGGGGGGAGGGGGGACUGCAAUAUGCCCCAUCCCGGACGUAGCAUCCGCUGUGGCUCAGUGUCAUCCUCCUCCCCUAAUGGAAACGGUUCCGGUAACAGCCCCGGCAGUGCUCCCAAGUCGCCCAAGUCGAGCCAGUCGAAGAUCUCAGCGGUCAGCAAGCUGCUGAUGGCCAGCCCUAAGACCCGCAGCCUUUCGGCCUCCAGCACCAAGACACUCAGCUUCUCCACCAAGUCUCUUCCCCAGUCUGUCAACCGCAGCUCCAGCUUGCCUCCCAACGGCAAGACCCAGCCGCAGCCCCAGCCCCAGGGUCAGACCUCCAGCCAGGCCCUGGGACAAAACAAGGAACCCAGCUCUGGCUCCUGGGCCACCCAGUCUUUGAGUCGCAGCCGAGGGGGAGGCCUGGCCGCCAAGCUGCCUCUGAGAGCCGCCAACGGACGCAUCUCCGAGCUGCUUCAGGGCAACGGAGGCUCUCGAUCCACCAGUCACAACCGAGGAGGAGGCUCCGAAGCUGGGGAGGAGAGGGGUGCUGGAGGAAGUGGAGGUGGAGCAGGUGGUGGAGGGGCACAGGGAGAGGAGAGACCAGUGAUGGUCCACACCCUGCCGUCUCCCUACAGUAAGAUCACAGCCCCCAAGCGGCCCCAGCGCUGCAGCAGCGGCCAUGCCAGUGACAACAGUAGUGUUCUGAGUGGGGAGCUGCCCCCGGCCAUGGGGAAGACAGCCCUGUUCUACCACAGCGGGGCCAGCAGUGGCUACGAGAGCAUGCUGAGGGACAGCGAGGCCACAGGAAGCACCUCCUCUGCCCAGGACUCUCUGAGCGAACAUAGCUCAGCCACCAGCAGCAGCCGCCGUGGCCUCAAGAACAACAAGAAGAGGAACAACAACACAGGUACCCAGCGUCGUCGUCUGAUUCCCAGCCUGACCCUGGACUCGUCCUCUCUGAUCAGGAAGCCCGCCAUCAGCUCCAGCGUACGCUGGGUAGAUGGCCCGCUAAGCCCCGCCCCCAGGGGAACCACAGAACCCUUCGAGAUAAAGGUCUACAAGAUAGACGACGUGGAGCGCCUGCAGAGGAGGAGAGAGAAAGGAAACAAGGAGGUGGUUUAUCUCAGUGCUAAACUGAAGACCUUGGAGCACAGGCAGCAGAGGAUCUCCGAGGUCCGAGCCAAGUACGACUGGCUGAAGAAAGAGCUGGAGCAGACCAAGCAGCACCUGAUGCUGGAGCCAGAGAAAUGGACCACUGAAUUUGACCUGCAGCAGACGUUUGAGGUGGACUCUCUGGAGUACCUGGAGGCUCUAGAGGUGAUGACAGACAGACUGGAGACCAGGGUCAACUUCUGCAAGGCUCACCUCAUGAUGGUCACCUGCUUCGACGUGACCUGCUGCCGCAGGUAGACCAACGGACGGACCACACCUCCGCUAGGACCGUUAGGACCCAAAGGACUAGGAGCAGCUCGGAUACAACAGCAGAGAGAGGGAUGGAGCGGAGGGAGGGAUUUCCUUGAGGAGGUGCAGAAGAACAAAGGCAGACACUAAAGAUGAAUAUUUUUUUAAGCAGCGGGACAGGGAGCGAGGGAGGGAGGGAGAGGAGGAGGAUGAAGAAGAGAAUGAAGAGGAGGAAGAGAGGGUGUUUUUUUUUUUUUAAAUGAGGAGUAUAUCUCCCACCUGACAGGAAGAGCACUUUUACUGGGGAGUUGUUGGAGAUGAAGUUUGUAAAUAAAGUUGUGCUUGCUUUGAAUAAGGACUGGCUGAUAGACGGCUAUAGACACGUAGGGAAAAAAAGGAGAAAAGAACGACAGAAAAGAAAAGCAAACCAACCUUGUGUGUGAAAGACAAGUGCCUUGCGAACACUUCGAAAUCGGAACCAUUGCUCCUGUAUUUGUGUACAGAUGGUGCUAGCUGAAAAAAAGAAGAGAUCUCAAAAGUAAAAAGAAGAAAUAAGUUGUGGAAAGUAAAAACCACAGCUCCGUUUUACUCUGUGUUUCCUCCCCUGACUAGCUGUUCUCAGUGGCUUGUAUUGUUCUGCACUAGUUAGGAUUCAACUUUAGGAACUGCUACGUGUACGUUUUCUAUACCUCUUUUUAAAAAUUCUCUGAAGACAGUGACACCACACAGAGUGCUUUAGGGGAUAGGAAAUUAUGUAUAAGGACGGACAAGACCCAGGGAAGGGAGGUGGUGGUGGUGGUUUAUCUUAUGGCCCAUUGAUUUCAUUGUCAUCCCUCAGGCUAUGGUAACUGAAGUAUUCAGUCGGGGGUUCAGGCCUAACACACACCCACCACCCACCCGUCCCCUAACGAUGAUCAAGAGGUGCAGAGAGACAUCAGCUAGAAAGGAGGGGAGAUGGAGGGAUGAACAAAGGCUAAAAGAAAAUGUUAUCAUUAGGGGAACAUCAUAAUAACGACCAUAGAAGGGGAUGGGUGUGACCAUGUGAUUAAUGGGUUAAAGGGACACUGCUCUAUUCUACAGGUCUAAAAAAUGGGGGCCAUCUGAGUUUAAAUAUGAGUGUAGAGGAAAAUGUCCCAUUCACUCUGCUUGGUGCCACUGUCGUGGUGCAUUCACUUUCAUAAUAGUUUGGUGCUUGAGACAGUUUCAGAUCUAAAUGUUUGUAUACACAUACAUACAUAUAUAUACACAUAUACACACACAUACAUAUAUAUACAGUAGGAGUUAUUUUAACUUGUUUUUCAAACAUUGCACAAAUUUCUUGUUAACAAACUAUAAUUUUGGCAAGUCGGUUAGGACAUCUACUUUGUGCAUGACACAAGUCAUUUCUCCAACAGAAGUUUACAUACCCUAAGUUGACUGUGCCUUUAAACAGCUUGGAAAAUUCCAGAAAAUGAUAUCAUGGCUUUAGAAUCUUCUGAUAGGCUAAUUGACAUUGGAGGUGUACCUGUGGAUGUAUUUGAAGGCCUACUUUCAAACUCAGUGCAUCUUUGCUUGACAUCAUGGGGAAAUCUAAAGACAUCAGCCAAGACCUCAGAAAAACAAUUGUAGACCUCCACAAGUCUGGUUCAUCCAAUUUCCAAUCGCAUGAAGGUACCACGUUCAUCUGUACAAACAAUAGUACGCAAGUAUAAACACCAUGGGACCACGCAGCCGUCAAACCGCUCAGGAAGGAGACGCAUUCUGUCUCCUAGAGAUGGACGUACUUUGGUGCGAAAAGUGCAAAUCAAUCCCAGAACAACAGCAAAGGACCUUGUGAAGAUGCUGGAGGAAACAGGUACAAAAGUAUCUAUAUCCACAGUAAAACGAGUCCUAUAUCAACAAAACCUGAAAGGCCGCUCAGCAAGGAAGAAGCCACUGCUCCAAAACCGCCAUAAAAAAGCCAGACUACAGUUUGCAACUGCACAUGGGGACAAAGAUCAUACUUUUUGGAGAAAUGUCAUCUUGACUGAUGAAACAAAAAUAGAACUGUUUUGGCCAUAAUGACCAUCAUUAUGUUUGGAGGAAAAAGGGGGAGGCUUGUAAGCCGAAGAACACCAUCCCAACCGUGAAGCACCGGGGUGGCAACAUCAUGUUGUGGGGUGCUUUGCUGCAGGAGGGACUGGUGCACUUCACAAAAUAGAUGGCAGAAUGAGGGAGGAAAAUUAGGUGGAUUUACUGAAGCAACAUCUCAAGACAUCAGUCAGGAAGUUAAAGCUUGGUCGCAAAUGGGUCUUCCAAAUGGAUAAUGACCCCAAGAAUACUUCCAAAGUUGUAGCAAAAUGGCUAAAGGCCAACAAAGUCAAGGAGUGGCCAUCACAAAGCCCUGACCUCAAUCCUAUAGAACAUUUGUGGGCAGAACUGAAAAAGUGUGUGUGAGCAAGGAGGCCUACAAACCUGACUCAGUUAAACCAGCCAGCUCUGUCAGGAGGAAUGGGACAAAAUUCACCCAACUUAUUGUAGGAAACUUGUGGAAGGCUACGUGAAACGUUUGACCCAAGUUAAACAAUUUAAAGGCAAUACUACCAAAUACUAAUUAAGUGUAUGUAAACUUCUGACCCACUGGGAAUGUGAUGAAAGAAAUUAAAGCUAAAAUAAAUCAUUCUCUCUACUAUUAUUCUGAUAUUUCACAUUCUUAAAAUAAACUGACCUAAAACAGGGUAUUUUUACUAGGAUUAAAUGUCAGGAAUUGUGAAAAACUGAAUUUGGCUUAGGUUGUAUGUAAACUUCCGACUUCAACUGUAUACGUAUGUGUGUGUAUAUAUACAUAUAUGCAAAUGUAUGUGUAUAUAUACACAUAUGUAAUGUAUAUAUGUGGGGCAAAAAAGUAUUAAGUCAGCCACCAAUUGUGCAAGUUCUCCCACUUAAAAAGAUGAGAGAGGCCUGUAGUUUUCAUCAUAGGUACACUUCAACUAUGACAGACAAGAUGAGAAAAAAAAUCCAGAAAAUCACAUUGUAGGAUUUUUUAUGAAUUUAUUUGCAAAUUAUGGUGGAAAAUAAGUAUUUGGUCACCUACAAACAAGCAAGAUUUCUGGCUCUCACAGACCUGUAACUUCUUCAACAGCCUCCUCUGUCCUCCACUCGUUACCUGUAUUAAUGGCACCUGUUUGAACUUGUUAUCAGUAUAAAAGACACCUGUCCACAACCUGAAACAGUCACACUCCAAACUCCACUAUGGCCAAGACCAAAGAGCUGUCAAAGGACACCAGAAACAAAAUGGUAGACCUGCACCAGGCUGGGAAGACUGAAUCUGCAAUAGGUAAGCAGCUUGGUUUGAAGAAAUCAACUGUGGGAGCAAUUAUUAGGAAAUGGAAGACAUACAAGACCACUGAUAAUCUCCCUCGAUGUGGAUCUCCACGCAAGAUCUCACCCCGUGGGGUCAAAAUGAUCACAAGAACGGUGAGUAAAAAUCCCAGAACCACACGGGGGGACCUAGUGAAUGACCUGCAGAGAGCUGGGACCAAAGUAACAAAGCCUACCAUCAGUAACACACUACGCCGCCAGGGACUCAAAUCCUGCAUUAAACUUUUUGGCUGGGUCUUUCAGCAUGACAAUGAUCCAAAACACACCGCCCGGACAACGAAGGAGUGGCUUCGUAAGAAGCAUUUCAAGGUCCUGGAGUGGCCUAGCCAGUCUCCAGAUCUCAACCCCAUAGAAAAACUUUGGAGGGAGUUGAAAGUCUGUGUUGCCUAGCAACAGCCCCAAAACAUCACUGCUCUAGAGGAGAUCUGCAUGGAGGAAUGGGCCAAAAUACCAGCAACAGUGUGUGAAAACCUUGUGAAGACUUACAGAAAACAUUUGACCUCUGUCAUUGCCAACAAAGGGUAUAUAACAAAGUAUUGAGAUAAACUUUUGUUAUUGACCAAAUACUUAUUUUCCACCAUCAUUUGCAAAUAAAUACAUUCAAAAUCCUACAAUUUGAUUUUUUUCUUCUCAAUUUGUCUGUCAUAGUUGAAGUGUACCUAUGAUACAAAUUACAGGCCUCUCUCAUCUUUUUAAGUGGGAGAACAUGCACAAUUGGUGGCUGACUAAAUACUUUUUUGCCACACUGUAUAUACAUAUAUAUAUAUAUAUAUAUAUACACACACAUAUAUAGCCUGUUUCCUAAAAUAACUUUCAGACAUAAAUGCUUCUUCUUCAUCUUACCAUCAUAUUUAACGACGUAGUGUCCUUGGCUGUUUUGAAAGGCAUUUAUAAAAAAAUGUAUGAUUUUUUAUUAUCAUCCUCAUCAUUCCCUCUCCCUCCCUUUCGUGAGAGGUCAUGCCCCUUGCCCUUUCACCUAUCCCCUAUGUCAUGGUCAUGAAUGAAGUAUCUUAUUUAUUUAACUCAGGAGGCAUGCUGGAACAGAGAGGUGCUGGAACCGAGAGUUGCUUGUAAUUGUAUAAUGCAUUAUCCACACACCUUUUGGUCUGCAAAGUUACUAUGCAUUCAAAAAAAGACAAAAUAAUGUACAUAUGCUGAGCCCAUUUCAUAUAUAGAUAGAUUACAACAUAUACACUAUCGUCUUUAUUUGAGAUUUUAUUUUUUCCUCCGCUGUUUUGGUUUGUUACUUCCUCCUUUGAGAUGGGAAUUGUACGAUUUGAUGGGGGUAGGAAGAAGUAGUCCCCUAAUGGUUAAGAUAUGAUUCAGGAUAGGUAAUCUGAUCCUAGAUCUGUUCCUAAGGGCAGCUUCUACCUGGAGCCUGUUGAAGAUAGUACUCUCCAGAGUCACAUUCGGCUGCAACAUUACAAAACCUGUGCGUAGAAACGUGUUGUGGAUCAAAAAAAGAUGAUUGUCUUGAAAGGCUAGGGAAUCGAGUCUGCUCUAUUCGUUACAUUUCUAUCUGCGAAGUUUGAACAUCUUACCUUCCUGAAUACACCCUGGUCACGUCUGUGUUUGUCACCAUGGAAACGUCCCACUCCGCUGUCAUGGGGUCGGAUGUGUUGUAAAGAGAUCUAUUCCUCUGGUUGCACAGUCUCUGAGAGGAGUGAGAGACGUAGCCUACUGUAGAUAGCAGGAUUGGACAGAACUUAAUUUAGUCCAUUUCGGGAAGGGAACAAAUCCUCACUGAACAAAACAGCAGGCUUCAAAUCUUGAAAUGGUAUUCAGCCAAAACGUCUCCUGAGAAGACGAAAUAGAAAUGGAAUUUACCCGUAGUCCCAUCCCGUGCUAGGCCUUACGGUGCUUUGGCUGGGCUAAUUUGUGUGUGUGUUUUGAGAGAGACAGAUGCACAGACCAGAGAGACAGACUAUGGUUGUGUUCAGAAGGCACAAAACGGGGAGAAAUAAACCAGUUUGAAAUGGGAAAUGAAAAAAGUUGGACCAACAAUGUUUCUUCCUAAUUGUGCCUGCUUGAACCCGACCCAUGUCUGUGUGUAACUGUCAGCGGGAACACUUCGAACAGCGGGAACACUUCGAACAGCGGGAACACUUCGAACAGACAAACGGACUGAGAAUCUGACAGUGACCCAAGGAUUGCUGUAAAUAAAGGCUUGUAUUGGA